GGUCGGCCAGUGAGGUGGACAACGACUUCCGGCAUGACAGCUGGAGAUCGUGGGCUGUUCCAAUCCCUGAAGAGACCCCCUCCUGUGCUUUAUUGAUUAUCAACCUGAGCUAUCCGCCCACCCCCGACCCCCCCCCAAGCAAAGUGCCCACCUUCAGCCUCCCUGAGGCUCCUGCACUUUCAGUGAGCCGCAAAAGCGACGCGUCUGCCAGUCUCUUCAGGAUCCAACCUCCCCAUCUGCCAGGACGCACCUCACACCUCACACCACACACCCCCUCGCCGUUCACGUAGCCUGAGCCUUCGGUGUACAUCCCCGACUUUGCCCCCUCACAUUUCGAGAUCUUUCUGCCACUUCUGCUUUACCUUUAUUUCUUCCCUUGCACCCCUUCAUAGACGUCUGUCUUGCACUUGUGUCCGUCCUGCCCCCCCUCCCUUUUCUCGAGCCUUCUUUUUCCAGUCUCUUCUACAACAGCCUAAAAUAGCCUUAGGAGACCUUGAGGCAAGCCGAGAUCAGGCUCCUGUGCGUCUCCCCAGCCAGCCCUCCCGGUCACAGGGGGCGCUGUCCGGCCUUUCAAUGGUCAGCACAAAACGAUCCUGCCCUUUCUGGAAUUUUGGGGUGAGAGGAAGGGGCGGGCCAAAGCCCCGUAGCCUGGGUGGGGCCUGUGCAAAGGGCAGGUGCUGCCGGGCAAUGGGGGAGGUUCUAGGGGAAGGGUGGUACAGACCUAACUUUCCCUCGCCUCUUACUGUGUCACAUAGAGGCGGGAGGGGAGGACACUCGGUGAGCUAGUCAGUCCCCUGCUAGAGUGCAGAGGUCUUACCCUCAGUCAGGUGUUCCUAUACCAGCUGCUGAACUGUCGGGGUCCCAAUCUCAGGGUUUCUGAAGGGCUCCAAAAGAGCCAGUCUAGAUCUUAUGGCGGCACGGAUCCGCUUGGGCCGGAAGCGCCCACUGCCGGUUUGCCCCAACCCGCUCUUCGUUCGUUGGCUGACCGAGUGGCGGGACGAGGCAGCCAGCAGAGGGCGCCACACGCGCUUUGUUUUUCAAAAGGCACUGCGCUCCCUCCGACGGUACCCGCUACCUCUGCGCAGCGGGAAGGAAGCCAAGAUCCUUCAGCACUUCGGAGACAGGCUCUGCCGGAUGCUGGACGAGCGACUGAAGCAGCAUCUAGCAUCAGGCGGUGACCAUGACCCCAACCUACCAUCUGGAGAGAAGAAUCAAGCAGAUGAAGAGCCACCUGCUCAAGUCCAGGGCUCUUCC